ACUUAGCGCGCGUUGCGCUUGCGACAUAAAACCUUUGGCUGAAUACGUGCCUUACAUAGUCUUAUUUUAAAAUCUCGUUUAAAAAAACCUGUGAUAAAAAUCAUCUUUAACAAAAAAUCAAUAGUGCAAUUUAAUUUUUUUUUUUCAAAAAGUCCUAACUUCUUUUUAUAACGAACGUGUAAUGACAAACGGUAGAAUAAAAUGGGAUCGCAAAAUAUGAUCAGACUGUCAAGUGCGUGAUAAUGACAAGCGUGAACAAAAAAGUUAAAUUUCAAAUUCCGAACGCUUUAACUUAUAAAGAUGGACCUAACGACGCGGCGAUGUGAGGAUGGGUCGGGGGAUACACUAGUGAACGGGACAGAACAGUGUCGGGAUCUAAAUGGAACGCAGAAUAGUGACGUCACAGGGGUGAUAGAAGUGUCAAGAAAGACGAAUUCGUUCAGUAUAAGAAACCUUGUCGGCGGUGAGGACUGCGAUCGGCCUGCCGACGGGAAUGCUAACACGAAUGAAGAUUAUUAUCACCAGGAUACUUAUCAGAAGUAUACCAGUAUGGGGGUGUCCGAGCCACCGAAGGAUGACUCACCGAGGACCACGCCAGAGCUCUCUCGUGCUGACCAAUCGCCAGCAUCUGAACGACCACCUCAAGGAUCUGCGGAUAGCGAUGAAGCGGAUGACUUCGCUCCUAAGAGGAAGCAGAGGCGGUAUAGGACCACGUUUACAAGUUUCCAGCUGGAAGAAUUAGAGAAAGCCUUUUCGAGAACGCAUUACCCUGACGUUUUUACCAGAGAGGAGUUAGCAAUGAAAAUCGGAUUAACAGAAGCACGAAUACAGGUUUGGUUUCAAAACCGACGUGCUAAAUGGCGUAAGCAAGAAAAGGUUGGACCACAGGCUCACCCCUACAAUCCUUACUUGGGAGGAGGGGGGGCGCCUCCACCGUCAGUCGUAGCUUCCAUGCCUAAUCCCUUCACACAACUUGGCUUUGGCUUCAGAAAGCCGUUUGAUGCAAAUGCUUUAGCAUCAUUUAGAUAUGGCAGUUCCCCUGUUCUUGGUGCCCAAUAUCUCGGAGCACCGUUAUCUCGACCUCCACUCUUCACCGGACCGAUUUAUUCAACGUCAACACCACCAUUCCACUCUCUACUAGCUGGACUAGCGGCCCCCCCACGACAGUCUCCUGAUCCUCCAUCCGUGUCGCCUCCCAUAUCCCCAGGAAGCGAGUCUCCUCCCAGUCAGCAAGGUCCCGAAGUGGAAAGAAGAAGUUCCAGCAUCGCCGCAUUGCGAAUGGCAGCGAGAGAACAUGAACUAAGGUUGGAGAUGAUAAGGCAACGACACCAUACGGAUUUGAUUAGUUGAGCUUGAUUCGUGUCGUGAUAGACAUGAUGAAUAAGGUUGCAUAAAGUAUAGACAAAUACGAUUUAUAUUGUAAGGUGGUCCAUCAAAUUGAAAUUGCCUCCAUUAAAAAUUUGACGACACGAGAGCUUAGGACUUUUGAGUUUAAACCUUCGCUUCUUUUAUUAACGUAAACAUUUAAAAAUACAUCAUGUAUAAAAUUUAAACAAUUAUGAUAAAGGCAGUUUCAAUAAUUAUCGCUGAAAGCGUGAAGAUAUAAAAAGCGAUAACCUUACAAUUACCAACCUAUGUAUUAUUACGUAAUUAGUUUAUAUUAGGUAAUGAAAUUAAGUAUAUAAUUAUUGCUACUUGAUCCGUCCAGUUAUGCCUUAUUGUUAUUUAUUAUAAUUAGAUACCUAUAAAGUAUUUCUAUUUUAAUUUCUAAGGGAUUCGUUUGUACAAAGAUUUAAGUAAGAUGAUUUUCGAAAUGAACUAUUUGUUUUAUUUUCAAGAAAAUGAAAAAUCAAUAACAAUAUAAUUAUUGAGUUUUAUGAAUUUGAAUAAUCAAAAUAUAAUAAUAAUAAUAAUCAUCGAAUUUCAAGUUAAUGAUGUCCUCCUGACACCCCCUAAACCCUCAAGGGAGACUAGCCAACUGCACGGGGUGCAAUAAAAAAAUACAGAAAAAUUUUUAAUUAAAAAAAAUUUCAAUAGCAGAUCGGAGGGUGGGAUUUGGAACAUUGUACUCCUAUGCCUUGGAAAGCACGUUCGCGCGCACAGUCAAGCUGCAUAGUUGGCUAUUCUCCAUUGAGAAUGGCCGCCGUAAACGUAAUCGGUCAGUAGGACGCCAUUUUCUAAUAAAUAACACUAAUAUCACCAAAGAGGCAAUUUUUAACAAGCUUGGUAUCUGAUGUUUUCAAUUUCUGUACAAAAAUGGUAAAUAAUUUUGAAAUAAAAAAUUAUAAUAUGGGUUCCAUGAAAUAAAUGGUUUACAGUGA